AUGAUUUCGCAUAGUAUUGCAAAAACGAAGCGACUCUUUUCUUAAGAACGUAGGACUUUUCUUUGACACGAGUGGUAUUAUAUGCGUGAUAAGUAUCAAAAGACUCCCAAUAUUCUAUUUUUGUAAUUAAUAACGGACCCCGUCUGUGGUCCUGAAGAGAUGGCGAAUCUUUCGAACUUGAUAUUAGGGACAACCGGAUUGACACUAGCCACAACGAGUAUCAUGCUCCUAUCGAUCGUGUACGCGCCGUCUCCUGUUCGAUGGGCUCAGCCAACCAAUUCCAGUUGGAGAGUUGUGGAAUUAUGCAGAUUCGCCCUUUAUGGAUUUAUCGCUGUGCUUGGACUUUUUGGUGGAAGCAUCGCUCUACAAAUUAAACAGAACAGUGCAUAUGUUUGCAGGAGAUUAACUCCACGCCUAAUUUCUGCGCUGACGGUUUUCUCCAUCCACUGUGUUCUCGCUAUUGUUGCGUUAUCAGUUGAUGCUUACGUCGAGAUCCGAUCUAGUCGCGAUGCGCGCAUAGCGCUUCCAGAGGAUCUGAAAUUUGCGAUGUACCAAUACAUGAUCGACGAUGAGACGAGGCCUUCUGUAGACUCACUUCAUUCUGAGAUGAACUGUUGUGGAGUUAAUAAUGUCAGCGACUGGUCAUCUAUGACCAUUGGAGCGCAGAUGUUUGACAACCCGGUGGAGGCAACGCGUGCGUAUGUACCUCGGUCAUGCUGCGCCCAUGAGAGGGCAGGCCGUUGUACAAAGUUUCGCACAAAAGGCUGUUAUCCGGCUCUUAUGAAUGCCAUACAGUGUUCAAUUUACUUCUUGCAGGUGAGAUUGCCGGCUGUCUUCUAUCCGGACGUAAUCCUUGGCUGUGUACUUUACAUGCUUGCAUUGGGAGCUCGUGUAGCCCAGAGACGUUAGGCAAUCUGACACGUUCUUCUGCCAGUUGACAAAUGGAUAUAGACAUUAUUCAGGUUUCAUUAAUUAAUGAAACGCAAUUCUACUAUUAAACGUAGUUACACAAAGUGUGUGCUUUGGUCUAGAUCUGUUAUUACGCUUUUAU